GUCAACCGCAAUCAUGGCCGACCAACAGCCUCCAGCGCCCCAGGCCGAGGCCGCCAAAGAUCUACACACUGAUCCCGUCACCGGCGAGAAGAUCUCCAAGAGCGAGCUGAAACGGCGACAGAAGCAGCGCGAGAGGGACGAGAAGAAGAAGGAGAAGGAGGCAGCAUUGCCUGUGCGUGAGAAGAAGGAGAAGAAGGAUGACGUUGAAGAGCUGAACCCAAAUCAAUACUUCGAGAUCCGCUCCAACAAGAUCAACGCGCUCCGAGCCUCCAAGCAACCAAACCCGUACCCACACAAAUUCCAUGUCAACUACAAUCUUCCCGACUUUGUACGCGAUUACUCCCAUCUCAAGAAGAGCGAGGUGGUCGAGGACAAGGAAAUCCGCAUUGGUCUGCGCGUCAUUGCGCAACGCUCCUCUUCGAGCAAGCUCCACUUCUACGUUUGCAAGGCAGAGGGAACCUCGAUCCAGGUUAUGUGCCAGAUCGACAAUGCCAAGGGUGAUGUCGACUUCGAGAAGCAGCACGAGAACAUUCAGCGUGGUGAUAUCAUCGGCGUUAUCGGUUUCCCAGGUCGCACAAACCCCAAGAAGGGUGGUGAGGGCGAGCUCAGCAUCUUCGCCAGGGAAGUCAUUCUCCUCACGCCAUGCCUGAGGAUGUUGCCGACAGAGCACUUUGGGUACAAGGACCAGGAGCAGCGCCACCGAAACCGUUUCCUCGAUCUCAUCAUGAAUGAUUCCACACGGAACACCUUCAUCACACGAACCAAGAUCGUCAAGUACGUCCGCAAAUACCUAGACGAGCGAGACUUCCUGGAAGUGCAGACACCCAUGAUGAACAAGAUCGCUGGAGGUGCCACUGCGCGGCCGUUCAAGACAUAUCACAACGAAUUGGACAUGGAACUUUUCCUUCGAAUUGCCCCCGAGUUGUACCUAAAGGAGCUUGUUGUCGGAGGUCUCGAGAGAGUCUACGAAAUUGGUCGCCAGUUCCGAAACGAGGGCAUCGAUCUGACCCACAACCCCGAGUUCACCACCUGCGAGUUUUAUAUGGCCUACGCAGACUACAACGAUGUCAUGGACAUGACUGAGGAGAUGGUCAGUGGCUUAGUCAAGGAGAUUACAGGUAGCUACGAGACAGUGUUCCACACCCAGAGUGGGGAAGAAUACAAGGUCAAUUGGGCAGCGCCAUGGAGACGAGUGGAGAUGAUCCCGGCGCUGGAGGAAGCUACAGGAGAGAAGUUCCCACCUGCGAACCAACUACACACCACCGAGACCAACGAGUUUCUCAAGAAGGUGCUCAAGAAGGUCAACGUCGACUGCUCCGAGCCCCGCACAAACUCAAGGAUGAUUGACAAGCUGGUCGGCGAGUUCAUCGAAGAGACCGCUAUCAACCCUACCUUUAUCGUGGGCCAUCCCGAGGUCAUGUCACCGCUGGCCAAGUACCAUCGUGAAAUCCCAGGUCUCUGCGAGCGUUUCGAGGCCUUCGUCUGCAAGAAGGAGAUUUGCAACGCCUACACAGAGUUGAACGACCCCUUCGACCAGCGUCUGCGAUUUGAAGAGCAAGCAAACCAGAAGGACCAGGGAGACGAUGAAGCACAGCUGAUCGACGAAACCUUCUGCCAAGCGCUCGAGUACGGUCUUCCACCAACCGGUGGAUGGGGAAUGGGAAUCGACAGACUGGUUAUGUUCUUGACCAACAACUACAGUAUUAAGGAGGUCAUCACCUUCCCCUUCAUGAAGGACGUCGUCGAGGACAAGAAGACCCCGACUGCUGCGGAAGUCGUCGGCAUUGAGCCGAAGCCCGAGGAGGGUAUCCAUCACAAGUAGAUGCAGCAUAGCAUUAC